AGGCCACAACACUGGCACACAGAGAAAAAAAACAAACACAAUAACAACAAAACACCAAAGAAAUGGAAACAAGGAAAGGAACAAACCAAGAACAGAAAUCCUUGCAAUCUGCAGAGAAAUUCUCUGUCUUACCAAGGCUCUACCUCCCUAACCGUAGGAGCAUGGAAGUGGGUCCUGGAACUCUACAGUUAGGCAAUGGAUUCUCCCAAUUCCUGUCUCUUUUAAUUUUGGCAGCACUGGGAUUUGAACUCAGAGCCUUGAGCUUUCUGGACAUGUAUUCUACUGCUGGGGUCACACCCUCAGUCCUUUUUGCUUUGUAUGUUUCAGACAGGAUCAUAUGCUUUUGGUCUGGUUCCACUGGGACCUUGAUCUUUCUGCCUUUGCCUCACAGGAUUUUGCUUUCCAGGAAGACAUCACCAUGUCUCGCUUGUUUGUGGAGAUGGGAGUCACACCUCCCAUUUUCAUCUCCUGGAUAGCUGGAGCUCAAGACUCUGUCAUUUCCAAGAAAGGGAAACAAGUCUCCAAAGAUGGCUAGAUCCACUUAGGGCUCUCUUUUUCUCCCUCCUUCACCAGUGGCCUGGUAACAGGCGGGUGGUCUCCACAUCUGGGCCAAUCCUUUCCUGGAGGCGUGGGGUUCACCCACCGGCCGCUGGGGCCCCUCGUGCCUGACCUCGAGGGACAGCCAGUGUCCUGAGAGGCAGCCAGCGCGCCGGCGGCGCUUGGUAAAUAAUUCAUGGGGACAGCUGAUAGCGCCUGGAGCGGCCCCAGCCCCCAGCCCCCCCUCCGCGCCCGCCGCUGCUGGGCCUCCCUGGCCCAAACCAGCUGGACCUGCUUUGCCGGUGCCGCCCCUCGCCCCCCUCCCACCCGGCCAGUCACAGCCUCCUGUGUGGACAAGCUGAGAGUGGGUUCUGAAUUCGAGACACCCCAAAGUGGGCUUUGGGUCAGAGAUGGCUCUGCAGAGCCAGGCAUGGGCUCCGGCCACACCCAUGCCUAUGGCUGAGAGCUCUCUCUACAGGCAGCGGCUAGAAGUCAUUGCCGAGAAGCGGCGGCUGCAGGAGGACAUCCGCGCGGCGCACCGGGAGCUGGAAGAGGAGCGGCUCCGUGCGCAGCGGCUCAAGAGGAAGUCCCUCCGGGAGCGGUGGCUCAUGGAUGGGGCAGCAGAGGCGCUGGAGGACCCCACUUCCAAGGACGCCCCGUCCCCCGAGGUUCAGGCUCAAACGCGCAUCCGCAACCUGGAAGACAGCUUGUUCACGCUGCAGUCCCAGCUGCAGCUGCUGCAGAGCGCGUCCACGGGUGCUCAGCACAAACCCGCGGGGAGGCCCGCGUGGCGCAGACAGGGCCACCGUCCUCUCUCCCACCCUGCUGUAGAAGCCAGCCCUGCAGGCCACACAGAUCUGGAUAAGAGGGCAUCUCUGCCAGCUAGGCUGGUGGCCAUGUCCCCCCGGUCCCCCCCAGAGCCCAGAGAAGAAGCCCCUGAGGCUCAACCCUCCCCGAGGCCGGCCCCCGGGACAGAGGGGUCCUCAGAAUCCAAUGGCCCUUACUGUGGGCCCAGCACAGCUCAGGAGCAGGAGCUGGGUCCCUGGGCGGAUGCCAAAAGAGGGGACAUGGUGGAGGUGGUGUGGGCGGGGCUGAGGCCCACGGAGGACAGUGCCAGGGCGCCCACGGGCUGUGAGCUGGAGGCCAAGGUGGAGGAGGCGGUGCUGGAGGCCAUCGGGGACAGGCAGGCAGCCGGCAGCCCUCUGCUCCCUGCCUGGGUGAGGGAGGACAGCGCUGUGGUGGAGGUGGUCUGGGAGGGCUUGGGAGGCCGCGAUGUGGAGGCCACAGGUAUAGAGACCACCGAGUGCAGAGACGUGGCAGGUGUGCCUGGGGGCAGCCCUGGGGGGCCUGGGCCUGGGGACCCUGCAGGAGAGGCAGGGUCGUUCAUCUGGGUGGAGAGGCUGACCCUGGGUGAGGACUGGGAGCUGAUCAUGGAGGGACUGGAGGGGCCCACGGCCCUGCCAGGUGCAGGGGGAGGCCUGGAGGCCUGGGAGGCGGAGGGGAGAAGAGCAGAGGAGGCAGCAGGAGUGGAGGAGGCGGAGCAGGAACCAGGCAAGGGGAGGGCAGGGGUAGAGGAGGAAGCAGAGGGGCCCCUGGUGGCCGAAGAGAAAAGAGGUGAGGGUUCCCUGGAUGGGGAGAGGAAAGGAGGCAAAGAAUCUCUGGAUGGGGAGAGGAAAAGUGAGGGCCCCCCAGAUGGGGAGAGCCAAGGUAGCGAGGGCCCCACAGAUGGGGAGAGAAAAGGUGAGGACCCCCCAGAUGGGGAGAGCCAAGGUAGUGAGGUGCCCUUGUCUGGAGAGAAGACCACAGAGGUGGGGGAAGAGCCCAGUUCAGGAGAGUUGGGGGAGAGAGCUGCGCCUUGGGCAGAAGAGGCUAGCGCCCAGCCGGAGGAGGAGGGGAGUGUCCAGCCGGAGGAAGAGGGGAGUGCCCAGCCAGAGAUGCCAGAGGAGCCAGGACUGCGGCCCGGGGUUGGGUCAGAGGGCUUCCCGGAGGAGGAACUGGGGAAGUCUGAAGGCCCUCAAGGGGAUGCUGCCCCUCUCCUGGUGGAGGCCCUGGCCCCCCAGCUGCCCACCGAGAGCCAGCCUCUGCUCCAGCGGGAGGGGCCCAGCGCCAAUCCCAGCGCCCACCCCGCACCCACCUAUGCCCCUGCCCAGCAGCCAGUGCCCACCGUGCCCACUGAGGGUGAAAAGGCAAACAGCCCCAAGCAAAAGACGUGUCAGUGUUGUGCCGUGAUGUGAGCCCACACUGCCCCACGCACUCAGCUACCUCGCCGCCCGGAACCCAGGCUGCCCACUUCCCCCACCCCCUGCCCACUGCCUGUGGCCUGGCUCCCUCCCGCAACCACGUCUUUAUACUUGAAAAUAAAAUGUUAAAGCACCCAA